UAUUUUUCAAAUUCACAAUAAUAUAAUGAGCUUCAUUAACAAUCACCAAGCCUUGAUUGUUCUUUGAACACAAUCUCCAUUCCUCUUCAUUAACAUCCUCAUCUUAUAUAUAUAUAACCCCCUCCCUCCCUCCCUCUCCGUCCCUCCCCUCAUCUGCUAAUUUUCUCUCUCUAACGGGCAUUCCGUUGUUUGUGAGUUUUCACUGUCCCUUUGGCUUUGCAUGUGUCAUCUUGGGUGUCUGUGCUAAGCUUCUGCAGCUAUAACUCCCUGAAUCCCGUAAGAUCGAUCACCAGCAACAGAAGGCAAAGGUUAACCUGACUUUCACACAAUGAGCUUAAAAGAUACCCUUGAUGACCCUUUCACAUCACCACUUUAGUCUCUAUGUUUACUCCUUCUGCGAUCCUUUUCUCGAUCUUGACAAUCUCGAGAAAUACUAUUGUACUCGCAGUUUUCAUGGAUGCUAUCGUCUGCCUCUUGCUGUACCACUUCACUCUCUCCGCCCUUGUUUAGCCCUUCAUUUUUUUUGGCUCACUUUCCCAGAAAAGUACAAGAAAAGCGAGUCUUUUUUCUAGAAGGAAAAGGCCAAACGUUCAUUCAAAAUGACUGAGAGUUUGUCUGAUUUUCUUGAAGAAAUGCAGCCUGAAUUUGGCGACACUGCCUUUGAUGGAGAUGAUUUGUUUGCUAUUUUUGAGAGUUUAGACAGUGUAACAGAUUUCCCUCCGGUAACACCAUUAGACGAGGCUGUUGUUAGCUCAAAAGAAAGCGAAGAAACAAGGCAGUUAGUGUCACAAAAGUCUUCAUCAUCUAAUGCUUUGCAUGAUUCUGAUGAGACCAAUAAUGAGCUUGAAACUUCUCCAAGAAGCAAGAGACAAAAGAUUUCAGCGUCAGCAGCAGCUACAGCUUCUUCAGAUCAGGAAGUAAAUCCAGAUGGGCAGCAACGUAUGUCGCAUAUUACAGUGGAACGCAACCGGCGAAAGCAGAUGAAUGAGCACUUGUCUGUUUUGAGGUCCCUCAUGCCUUGCUUCUAUGUCAAAAGAGGAGACCAAGCAUCAAUAAUAGGAGGAGUUGUUGAUUACAUCAAUGAGUUGCAACAAGUUCUGCAAUCACUUGAAGCCAAGAAGAAAAGAAAAGUUUAUAGUGAAGUUCUUAGCCCUAGGAUUGUUUCUAGUCCAAGACCUUCACCACUUAGCCCUAGAAAACCACCACUAAGUCCUAGACUUAAUUUGCCCAUUAGCCCAAGAACUCCACAACCAUGUAGUCCUUACAAGCCAAGAUUGCAACAAGGUUACCUUUCUCCUACCAUGGCUAAUUCACUUGAAUCAUCUCCAUCUCCAUCUUCUUCCUCCUCCAUUAAUGACAACAUUAACGAACUCAUCGCGAAUUCUAAGUCAGCAAUUGCUGAUGUUGAGGUUAAGUUCUCAGGUCCAAAUGUUCUAUUGAAGACUGUAUCUCCUCGGAUUCCUGGUCAAGCUGUGAAAAUAGUCUCUGCCCUUGAAGACCUUGCCCUCGAGAUUCUAAAUGUGAGCAUUAGCACAGUAGAUCAUGAAACUAUGCUCAAUUCCUUCACAAUCAAGAUUGGAAUUGAAUGCCAACUAAGCGCUGAGGAACUUGCUCAACAAAUUCAGCUAACAUUCUGCUAACCAUCCCCGGCCAAGUCCCAACCUAUCAACUCUCCUGCUUCUUUAUGGAAGGCAUUUACUAGCAUUCCUACAUAAUUUAAUUAA